AACUGCGAACUUUCAUCACAUGGGCGAAAUACUGAUCAGGACGUGGUUUCCAGCAUAUUGUGAAAUGACGAUUCUUUUAUUCUCUCGUUUCUCCCUGUGAAAUCCUUAGGAACAGAACUGAUGUGACUUAAUCAGCGUAGACUUCCACAAGGUUUGAUUGUGGAAAUUUUUGGAAAAAAGGAAUUUCUACGGAUAAAACAUUUUUCAUGAACAUAAUUACACGCCGUCGUUUACGGCGUGUUGCGGCCAUUGAGAUUUCAUUCAUUCUUUCAUUGCACUGUGUAUUACCGGCUUCUUCUGAAUCGAGUCUACAUGCCUGCAGCUGCAGUCAGAAUUGUACUCUAUCGAACUCAACGUGUCCACAUUACUGGAACAAUAGAUUGGCAUUAAUAUCACAAAAUUUAAUAAUCUAGAUCAGCAUUACCAGUAACAGCGAAAAUAAAAGUUAUUUUUAAGCAGUGCCAGUGGAACUGAGUUGAAUUGGUGAACAAGAGGAGGAAGAGAGAAAGAUGUCUGGACAAGAGGAGACGGCGGCCGACAGGAAUGUCGAGAUCUGGAAAAUCAAGAAACUUAUAAAAAGUUUACAGGCAGCAAGAGGGAAUGGAACCAGUAUGAUAUCUCUCAUCAUACCACCCAAGGAUCAAAUCUCAAGAGUAGCUAAAAUGUUGGCUGAUGAAUUUGGGACAGCUUCAAAUAUCAAAAGUAGAGUAAAUAGACUUUCUGUGCUCUCAGCAAUCACAUCAGUACAGCAACGUCUGAAACUAUAUUCCAAGGUUCCUCCUAAUGGGCUUGUCAUCUACUGCGGGACGAUCGUUACAGAUGACGGCAAAGAGAAGAAAGUUAAUAUUGACUUUGAACCAUUCAGGCCUAUCAACACAUCACUCUACUUAUGUGAUAACAAAUUCCACACAGAGGCUUUGACAGCAUUGCUGGCAGACGACAAUAAAUUUGGUUUCAUUGUGAUGGACGGUAACGGUGCUCUCUUUGGUACACUGUCAGGGAACACAAGAGAAGUCCUUCACAAGUUCACAGUAGACUUACCAAAGAAACAUGGUCGCGGAGGUCAGUCUGCUCUUCGUUUUGCUCGUCUAAGGAUGGAGAAGCGACAUAACUAUGUGAGGAAGGUUGCUGAGACGGCGGUCCAGCUGUACAUCAGCAACGACAAGCCUAACAUUGGAGGGCUCAUCUUAGCAGGGUCUGCUGAUUUCAAGACAGAACUCAGCCAAUCAGAUAUGUUUGAUCCUAGGUUGCAAGGUAAAGUGCUCAAAUUGGUGGAUGUAUCAUAUGGUGGAGAGAACGGAUUCAACCAAGCUAUUGAGCUGUCAGCAGAGGUCUUAUCAAAUGUCAAAUUUAUUCAAGAGAAGAAGCUCAUUGGUAAAUACUUUGAUGAGAUCUCCCAAGAUACAGGGAAGUAUUGCUUCGGAGUCGAGGACACGUUCAAAGCUCUGGAGAUGGGUGCUGUAGAGAUUCUCAUAGUAUGGGAGAAUCUAGACGUCCAACGAUAUGCACUAAAGAACCACUCCUCUGAUGAGGAAAAGAUACUUCAUCUAAAUCCAGAGCAGGAGAAAGACAAAACCUACUUCAUUGACAAAGAUACUGGUGUUGAGUUGGAAUUAGUGGAAUCAAUAGCUCUCCUGGAAUGGUUGGCAAACAACUACAAAUCAUAUGGUGCCACACUUGAGAUCAUCACAGAUAGAUCGCAAGAAGGAUCUCAGUUCUGUAAGGGCUUUGGUGGUAUUGGUGGCCUUCUGAGAUACCGUGUGGACUUCCAGCAGUUAGAUUAUGAUGAAGACGAUGACGACUAUGGAGACUACGAUGACUACUAGAAAGGGUCAUGCCCCAGCUCUGAGGGAAUGAAAAAUGUCAUCCAGGAUUCUGAGAGGGGAUGCAGAGAUAGACUAACAAUGAAAUUUGAUUGAUAAAGAAGGAUAUUCGCCUAGGAUUUCAUGGUCACUUCAGACGAUCUACAGCCCUCCACACCCCCCCCCCCCUACUCAAUACACUAUUAUUGAUCCAAAAGUGCUUUUAUUUUCAAAUAAUUGCAAUUACUUAUAAUAUGGAAAUGUAAACAUAUAUAUAAUUCCUGGUCAAGGUUCUGAAUAAUGUUAUGAAUGAAAAUGAUCUAAGGUUUAGUGCAUUGUAAGCCUUCUGGUUGGAGUAAAAAGCUAGAAAUUGUAAAUUGAAGCUAUUUUAGCUUUUCCUCCUGCAAUAAAGCUUCCGAUUUCCCUAAUCUUCAAUUUCAUUAUUCAUAUUACUAUGCAGAACCUCGAUUAUUAAAAAUUGAAUGUUCACAUUAAAAUAAUAUUGCAAAUUCUUUCCAAAAUUGGAUCACAGUCAGAUCGUUAUCACAUAGGAGGUUUGUCGACAAAUCUAUGUUUAUGUGCGUCUUAUGAUAUGUUUCAACGCGUUUUAAACUGUUUCAAACCAAGGUUUGUACAAUUUCUAUCAUGCAAGCUAGCAUUUUCCUGAACUUCACCAAACAGACAGGGAUUCAUCAAAUGAAAGGGUAAAAUGAUAGGAAUAGGGAGAUAAGCAUGAGUCUAUGUUACAAGCUUCCAUGAAGCCCAAGUUGAGAGAUAGUUUGAUCUUAAUGGAGAUGUAUGUGGUGAUUGCUCUCAAGUGAUUGUUCUUCCUGCUUGCUUGUUUUGUUCAGCCCUUCAUGGAAAGCAAAGAAGGGCUCUAUAUGUUGUUAACCAUGGAAUCCUAAGUGAAAUGUAAUUCAUGUAGUCUAUUUGAUUAACCUCCAUGAGGUUCUGUAUUUUCUUCUUUUUUAUUUCUAAGUUUACAAGAUGUUCUCUGUCAGCUUGUAUGAUUUUCCCUCAAUACGUACUGCACAUGUUGUCCUGGCAAGAAAACAAUUUUGAUUCAAUUUUUGGUUCAGUUGAAAUGCUGAGUCCCUACCCCUACUACAAAGUUGAACAUUGUUUUUCUCAUCAAAUUUUACAUUUGAUUUGGGAAGCACGGACAAAGUGAAAGAGUGUCUCAAGUUCAUAUUGUCGUAGAUGUAAAUUGAAGUGAUAAAACUUGGGGAAAUCAGAAAAUCCAGUGCAUAUCCACAUUCUUUAAUAUUUUUUCAUAAUGGGUAUCAGUUUAACCUGUGUGCCAUAAUACGUGCCAUAACACUUGUUCGGCUGCAACAGAGACACUCACAAGUGUGUUAGAUUGGCAUAAGGAAUACCAUAAAAAAUUGGGACCUAUCAAGCGUAGGGAUUUGUAACAAUAUCUGUUUUUAUUUAUAUUCAUUUCUCCUUUGGGAAUCGAUGAUGAAGUUUAUAUAUAUCUAUCAUUUUCCUUGAUUCAUAGGAUUUUGUUUUUCGAUUAGAGAUAUUUAGUAUCCAGUUAUAUGAUAUCUGCUUGGUACAGGAAAGACCAAACAAGGGCGUAGUUGCUAAGAUAGUGUAUAGUCUAUUCACAGAGCCAUCCAGCGGUCGAUCUGUUCAUUUUUUCUUUUUUUUUCUUUUCGGUAUCAUUUCAGUAUCAUUUUGGCGAAUGGCAGUGUUCUUAUGUGCAAAGAAUGAUCGUACCACUACAAUUGAUACGAUCAACGAGCUAACACUGAAUGAUUGUGAUAUUAUUAUUACAAUUUUUGUUGCCAUGAUAUCUUGUCACAUUCAAGAUUGGAAUAGCUCCAUCGGUUGUUCCUAUGCUUUUAUCACAAAUAUACUGUGUAUUAUUAUUAUUGAGUGAUGAUAUGAUUGAUUGUGGUAACAAGAAAUAUAUGCAUGUUCUACUUCUGUCUUUGAAUGUAUAUGACAUUUCCACAGUGUAUUGUUGCACAGAUAUAACAAAUCGAGCAUAAGAUUUAUGUGAUAAAAUACAGAGACCAUAUGAUAUCAUGAAAGAGUUCUUAUCUUCUCAUUUUGGAAUAAAUUAUUUUGUUCUCUCAUUUUGGAAAGGAAACAAAAAUAAAGCGAAAUAGGAGGAUGCAAAUACACCUUAUUAUAAGACUUGCUUCCCUAUGAAGAUAGACAUUCAAAGUGACGACCCACAAGAUGGUUCACCACUUUAUGUUGUUUAAGUAUGAAGUGCACUUAGUAGGACAUGUCCAGGAUACAUUAAGAUCUAUGAUUUCCAUUUGAUUUAGACCUUUAACAUAGCGAUCUAGAUCUGCCGAGAUUCACUUCUAUAAAAGAGUACAUUCAUGUCAACUAUUUGCAGGCCGGCCCUCUUGAUAAAGCACAAACCAGGCAAAUUGGUUGAAGUGGAAAUCUAAAGGGAAAUGACAUCCGAUUGCAUUUAUAAUUGAAAAUAUGAAGAAAAUCAUGUCAGAAAAUUUGGAUAAGAGUUCUUGUUUUACUACACCAUAUCUGCAUCUAGAGAGUGCAUGCAUGAUAGUGCAGAGGAAUAACGUGGAGUUGCAAUACAAGAGCUGCCACUCAUUGAGGAAGAUCAUCAGCUUUUGUUCCUUGAAAAUAUUUCCAAGAAGAUAUAUAUAUCCAUUCUUCAAGUUAUUAUGGUGGCAUUGCCAAUUUUAUAGUCUGAAAAUGGUUUUCAAUAUUCAACAACAAAAAAUGAGGCUUUUCAUGUUGGGUUGUGCGAACUUGCAACUACUAUGCAUUUUGGUUUGGUCCUAAGUUGAUUGAAAGUUAAAUGUAGGGAUGUUCAAUGUUUACUGUUUAAUAAAAUGAAACCCAAACUAUGAGUGGGGCAAGAAAGCUCAAUAUUCUUCAUGUCUUUUCUCUCUCUCUCUCUCUCUCUCUCUCUCUCUCUCUCUCUCUCUCUCUCUCUCUCUCUCGUAUCUAAGCGCAUAGAGACAAUUUUGUAAUAUGCUCUAUAUAAGAAUUGAACAUUGUUUAUUUAUUAAGAAUUCUAAUGGAAGUAGAGUAAUUACUGCUCACUGGUUUCAAUAAGAUUAUUAUGUUGAAAGGUGAGGGAGAAAAGGAAAAAAUAGACUGAGGCUAUGUCUGUAUCAGUAUGUAAUCUUAAACCUACUUAUUUUCAUGAGGACCGAAACAACAGUGGCAGAAUAUGUUUUUUGAUAUUCUAUUCCUUUUUUGUUGUUAUUGUAGUGAAAAAGGAAGAAAAUUGUUUUUAGUAAACAGAGACAAAAAUAUGACAUACAAGAAACAUCUUUGCUAACACACCCCUUUCCCAGCUCUGAUUUGAUUGUACUACCUCUAUGUAAAAUAAUUUAUUCUGAUGCAUGUCAAACAUUAUAAUGUAUCCAAAAUACAAGCUGACAUAUCCCCCAUUUUCAAAAUUAGUUUGUUCUAUCGGCAUAGUCUGAAAGACAUUUUUGUACACUUUUGUUUUUGUUGCACUUGUUCCAUCUUUUUCCUGAGGCUCUAAUUCGUAACAUCCAUCUACGGGGUGUCUUUAAAAAAUGCAACAAGAUUUUGAUUGGCAAAAUUGUAAAAAGUACUCCACCAUCCUCAAUGAAAUUUCAUAAGCAAUGCUGUAGCAGUGUCUCCUGACCUCGAUAUGAAUUUCACAAGGAUUUAUGCCACAAUUCCAAAGUUAUGACUGUUUUUGUACGAGGUACCAUUUUCUGAAUGUAACAAAGCAAACGUGUUGCAUAGCAUCAACGGGCAAUACACGUAUACCUGUUGCUUAUGCAUCAUCAUACUAGUGCUCAAGCGUCUUAAGGAAUUUAUUCCUGCCAGGUGCCAUUUCCCUCACCUAGGUGGAGUGUGACAAUUGUAGAUUAAGGUCUUGCUAAAGGAGAUUUCACAACAAACCUUUCCAUUGAAGUCAUUGUAACUAACAAUUUCUAACUGCAACAUCUUAGAUUGAUAUUUAAUUUGUACAAUGUCAAUAUGUAGUUGCAAUGUGUCUCAAGUACAAGAGACAAAGAAAAGUAUUUCAAGAAUGGUUUUUUGCAAAUAAUUUGCUUAUUAUCUUCAACUUAUAUAUAUUAUGAUCACUAUGAUGCGAGCAAUUUACUGUAGGAAACAGACGAUUAUUGUUUUUAAAGAAAAUAUCAACUGUAUUACUUAUUAUUUCAAGUAUUGAUUUUAGGAUAUGCAUUGUUAAUGAGAUCUAUGAAAAUUGCUUAAUGUGCUUUAGGUUUCACCUCAAUAUCACAAUUUGAUUUGAUAUACCGGUAGCCACUAUUACUCUUUUAGAAAGAUAAUACAGAAAUUAAUUUUACUUCAUGCAUUACAUUAAUCUUAAUUCUUAAAACAUAUUUUGUGACAAGAAUGAAGUUUAAUUGAGAGCUUGCCAGGAAAAGCACGGAUGCACUGGUACUAUUCAACAUGCUAUCGUCAUAACUACGUUAAUUUAGCUCAGAUCCUUCUGAAAAUCAUGCAAAUAUUAAGAGAGAUAUCCAUAACAGUAUCUACAAUGUUUCAUUGAGAAUAAACAGGUACUUUCUAAGAUGUUGCCAAUCAAAAUGUCAUUGCAUUCUGUUUAGACACCCCUUAUAUCUCUGUGUAGUGAACCUGCCAAGCUCAUGAUGAUAUGAAGGCUUACAUGUACAUUGUAAAUCUGCAUGUCUGUGUGCAGGUCUGCCUAUCUUAUGAAAAUAAAUCAUCAAAUUCUUAUUACA